AUGUCACUUCCCACCGAAGACUACAUCAGCGACUCCUGGAAAGAGGGCCUCUUCACAAACAAAGUCGUCUUCUGCACAGGUGGCGCAGGCACCAUCUGCAGUGCGCAGGUUCGCGCACUCGUCCAUCUAGGCGCGGAUGCAUGCAUCGUCGGCCGAAAUGUCGAGAAGACCGAAAAGGCAGCCAAGGACAUUGCGACCGCUCGUCCAGGAGCCAAGGUCAUCGGCAUUGGCGCAGUUGAUGUCCGCAAGUAUGAUGAUCUGAAGAAUGCCGUCGAUCGCUGCGUCAAGGAGCUCGGGGCUAUCGACUUUGUCAUCGCCGGUGCAGCUGGCAAUUUCCUGGCUUCUAUCCAGCAGCUGUCGGUAAAUGCUUUCAAGUCGGUGAUUGAUAUCGAUGUGCUGGGGUCAUACAAUACCCUCAAAGCGACGAUUCCUCACCUCGUCGAAUCCGCGAAGAAGCACAGGGUUGACUCGGAGACUCUGCGGCCCUCGCCGCUCGGCACCGGUGGACGCAUCAUCUUCGUCAGCGCCACGAUCCACUACCGCGCAAUGCCUUUCCAGGCGCAUGUGGCCGUCGCCAAAGCCGGCAUCGACGCCUUGUCUCACACCGUGUCCAUCGAGUAUGGUCCGCUGGGCGUGACUUCGAAUAUCAUUGCUCCUGGACCCAUCGCUUCCACAGAGGGUCUCGACCGCCUCCUGCCUUCUGAUAUAAAAGAAACAUACACCAAAUCCCAACCCCUGGGCCGUUUCGGCUCCGUCCGUGAUAUUGCCGAUGCGACGGUCUAUCUCUUCUCCAAUACCGGUAGUUAUGUUUCUGGCCAGGUCCUUGUCGUUGACGGUGCGAGUUGGCGCAUGUCGUCUGGCGGUGCGGCGUACGGGCAGCUGCAGUAUCCGGAUUUCCUGCUCACCGGGGACGCAGUGCAGAACGUCAAAGGGCAGAAGAAAUCGAAGCUCUGA